UGGAGUAAAAAAACGUUACAGGGGUAUAUGCGCAAAAAAGAAACAAUUUAUAACGAAUCAUCCCGCCCGCCGUUAGGGUUUCCUUCCACUCGAUCUGGGGCGCUAGGGUUUCUCUGCAGGUGAGAAGAGAUUUGGGUGCGACGAUGGCGCCCCCGCAGCCGAACAGUGGGCUUUUCGUGGGGAUGAACAAAGGCCACAUCGUCACUAAGAGGGAGUUGCCUCCUCGCCCUUCUAGCCGCAAAGGGAAAACGAGCAAGAGAGUUCAAUUCGUCAAGAACUUGAUCAGGGAGGUUGCUGGAUUUGCUCCCUAUGAAAAGAGAAUAACUGAGCUCCUUAAGGUUGGAAAGGACAAGCGAGCUCUUAAGGUUGCUAAGAGAAAGCUGGGUACACAUAAAAGGGCUAAGAAGAAGCGUGAGGAGAUGGCUAAUGUUCUUAGGAAGAUGAGAUCUGCUGGAGUGUCUGAGAAAAAGAAGUGAUGAAAAUCAUGUCCGAAGAUUGUAGAAGUGAUUUGGUGAUUAGUUGAGGACUGGCCUAUAUUUGUAUUGCAACAUUUGGAAGACUUGAUGUUCUUUUGCUUAUUGCAUGCAAUGCCCUUCAAUUUCUUACGAGUGUCUGUACUUUUGGAUUUAUAAUUUUAAAGUUGUUGGUCCCGUUAGUGUUCUGGGUUCUCAUGGAGAGCUA